CCCUGCACACACCCCCCGCUCUCGCGAGAUUUGCUCUGCGGCGCGCGCGAGCGAGCGAGCGACAUGGCGACCGAGACGACGGCCGCGUCGGGCGAGGAGUCCUCGUCGGCUGAGGCGACGCGGCAGGCUCAGCCGCUCCCGCAGCAGGACUCGCUCGGGGUACUGGAUCCUCCUCCCCUGCCUGACACCGUCAGCGCCGAGGAGGAUGGCGCAGCCGACUCCGAGGUCGUGACGGCGCCGGGCAUCCCCGAAAGCGAUUCUCCCGCCCAGACGACUACGACGGAGGAGCCCAUGGAGACGGAGGCUGGGGCCGAGAAGUCCCCGGAGCAACCGGGCCAGAAUGCGGUGGAGGAGGACGGCCGUGAGGCCGACGAGGCCGGCGACGCCGCCGAAGUCGCCGUCCCCAGUGCCGCCAUGCCAGACGCCGACGGCGCUGGCGAGGAACAAGAGCCUGGCGGCGAGGCAGCGGCAGACGGCCCCGCCCAGGAGCCCGGUGCCGAUGCAGACGCUGACGGCGAGGGCAGCCCCUCUAAGCCGCAGUCCCUGCUGCCCCUGCCCCAGGCACCGGGCCUCCCGCUGACGGUGCAGCAGCUGACGAAGCAGGUGCCCAAGGCGCUGCUGCCCACGCCCAAGCUGUACGAGAACGCCAACGGCACGCCCGCGCCCGCCCAGCCGCCUCCUCCUCCGCCACCGCCCGUCAAACAGGGCCUGCCCGCUCUCACGCCUGCCCAGCAGGAGGCCCUGCAGAAGGCCAAGAAAUACGCCAUGGAACAGAGCAUCAAGACGGUGCUGGUGAAGCAGACUCUGGCUCACCAGCAACAGCAGCUCUCCAACCUGCAGCAAGCUGCCUCCUCCAUCUUCAUUUGUAGCGGCUUCAAUCGCGGAGGGGAGAGCCCAGGGCUCAUUAUGGCGGCACAGCGGCAGCGCGCCCUGGCCAUCAUGUGCCGCGUGUACGUGGGCUCCAUUUACUACGAGCUGGGGGAGGACACAAUACGCCAAGCCUUCGCUCCCUUUGGCCCCAUCAAGAGUAUCGACAUGAGCUUCGACCCCGUCACCAUGAAGCACAAGGGCUUUGCGUUUGUGGAGUACGACCUCCCCGAGGCGGCCCAGCUGGCGAUGGAGCAGAUGAACGGCAUCACGCUCGGGGGACGGAGCAUCAAGGUGGCCUCCGCGAGCCCGCUGCACGGUCCAAGCUCCGCCGCAGCCGGUCAGGUGGGGCGGCCCAGCAAUAUCGGGCAGGCACAGCCUAUCAUCGACCAGCUGGCGGAGGAGGCCAAGACGCACAACCGCAUCUACGUGGCCUCCGUGCACCCCGACCUGUCGGACGACGACAUCAAGAGCGUGUUUGAGGCGUUUGGCAAGAUCACCAUGUGCACGUUGGCGCGUGAUCCCGUGCUGGGCAAGCACAAGGGGUACGGCUUCAUCGAAUACGAGCGCUAUCAGUCGGCCCAGGAUGCCGUGGCCUCCAUGAACCUGUUCGACCUGGGAGGCCAGUACCUGCGCGUGGGCCGUGCCGUUACUCCGCCCAACGCCCUCGCCUCCAUGGCCGCCAUGUCGGCCGCGGGAGGGCUUCCCCCGGCAGCCGCGGUCGCCGCCGCCGCCGCCACUGCCAAGAUUACCGCGCAGGAGGCGGUAGCCGGCGCGGCGUACGGCGCCCUCUCGAACCCGGCGGCUGCCGCCCUGGCGGCGGCACAGGGCCUGGCACAGGGGCUGGCGCAGGGGCUGGUUCCGCCUGCCGUGACGGCCCAGAGCAUCGCGCAGGGCCUCAUGACGCCGGCCGUGACGGCGCAGAGCCUCGCGCAGGGGCUGGUGUCGCCAGCUGCCGCCGCGCUGGGGCUCGCGCAGCCGCUGGGAAACCUCCCGCAGGCCGUGAUGGCGGCGCAGGCGCCAGGGCUCAUUACAGGAGUGACCCCUCUGAGGCCGCAGAUGCAGCUAGGGAUGGGCAUCCCGCAGGUGGGGCUGGUCAACCCCGUGCUGUCCACUCCUCCGCCGGGCGCCGGCGGCUCGGGCGACAUGCCCCGCGGCGCCAUCAACAUGGGCGGCAUCAACAUGGGCAACCUGGGCAUGAACAUGGGCGGGCUCGCGGGCAUGGGCGGGCCUGGCCUGGGCAUGAUGAACAUGGGCGGCAUGGCCGGACUGGCGGCGGCGGCGGCCGCUGCGGCGACGCGCAAGGAGGGAGGCGCCGCCGCCGCUGCUGCGGCCGCCGCGGCCGCGGGCGACGGGAAAGAGGCAGCUCCCGAAAAGACGGAGACGCUGAGCGAGCAGGAGCACAUGACCAUCUCGGGCAGCAGCGCACGCCACAUGGUCAUGCAGAAGCUGCUGCGCAAGCAGGAGUCGCGCGUCAUGGUCCUGCGCAACAUGGUCGGGCCCGAGGACAUCGACGACGACCUGGAGGGCGAGGUGACGGAGGAAUGCGGCAAGUACGGCGCCGUGAGCCGCGUCGUCAUCUACCAGGAGCGCCAGGGCGAGGAGGACGACGCCGACGUCAUCGUCAAGAUCUUCGUCGAGUUCUCGGAGACGGCGGAGAGCGAGCGCGCCAUCCAGGCCCUCAACGGCCGCUGGUUCGGCGGGCGCAAGGUGUCGGCCGAGAUCUACGAGCAGGAGCGGUUCAACACCAGCGACCUCUCGGCGUGAGCGGGGGGUGGGGGGAGGGAGGGUGCCGGUGGGGGGGAGAAGUGGGAGGGGAGAGUGAGGGCGUGGGGGGGGGGGGUUUGUGGGUGGUGAGUGAGGGUGGCUUGACGCGGUGAGGCCUGUAAACGGUUCGGGGUCCUCGCCACCCGUACCCCCCACCCGAUUACCCCCCCCCCCCUUCUCCCACGGCAGCUUCCACGAUUCAAUUUGAGAAUGGGAGAAUCCGGUUACCCUCGGAGCAGUGUGGUGCGUUACGUAGCACCCCUCGUGGUGGCCACGGGGUUCCCGCUAACCCAACGCAGACGCAAGUCGGCGUUGUGUCCCCGCGUGCGCCACGCAGCAACGCGCGGGGGCCGUGAGCGUCCACACUCAUCCGGCCGCUUGGUCCUCCCUCCUCAUUGUCGUGGAUUGAGCCACUGCCUCCUCCCCCCCCCCCCUCUCUCUCCUCCACCCUUGUCCACCCCCAGAGACCCCUCUUGUAUUUUUGUAGGGAACCGCCUUCCUCCCCGUUGCUUGUAAAUGCUCGUUGCUUUUGUUUGCUCCGUGUGGGCAACGCUCCCUUCCCGGGCGGCUCGAUGCCGUGGCUCUACCGUGGAGCCUCUGGGUGGUGGCUCUGCCCUCGAGGCUUUGCCGUGGCAAGUCGAGGUCGUGUUUUUCCACGGCUCGUUCUCUGGGCGGUGGGAGGCAGGAGUGAGGUUGAGGGGGGGAGUGUGGGGGGCAAGAUGAGCGUAGCCCACACUUCCCUGACCCCCCAUCACUGCAUCCCGUGCCACUGCUGCCCACGAGGUGGCCGCAUGGAGGCAGCACCACGGGCGCCGGCGGGUACGCGGGCGCGUGAGCGUGUGCGCACACUAAUGUGAGUACGUGGAGUGUGAGCUAAUACGUGGAGUGUGAGCUAGUACGCGGGUGUAACCGGGCGCCCGCGCGAAUUCGACUUUGCGGAGUGAGUGAGUACGCGGGUGUGAGUGAGUGAGUACACGGGUGUGAGUGAGUACGCGCGGGUGUGCGAGUCAGUACGGGGGUGUGUGAAAGUUGGCCCACGCGGGGUUGAGCGAGUACGCGGGUGUGAGUGAGUACGCGGGUGUGUGAGUCAGUAUGCGGGUGUGUCAAUCAGUACGGGGGGUGUGUGCGAGUUGGCCCGCGUGGGUGUGUGAGUGAGUACGCGCGCGCUGUUGCUACCGUUGCCGUUGCGACGUGCCGUGCGGGUUGAGCGUGUGUUUAUACCGCGUGUCCGCACGAUGUAGUCCUUGGGUUUGCAGCGAGUUGACUGUCCUCCUUCAUUCCAGAAUGGGCCUGACGAAUGCAUUGUUGUGCGUGACAUCACCGCGUUUUUUGUUCAUACAGUUUCAAAUAAACAGGGGGAAAAGAAA